AUGGCAGAUUGUAAACCAGUCAGCACUCCAAUGGAAAUAGGUUGUAAAUUGACCAAAUCUGAUGACUCACCUGCAGUAAAUCAAUCUGAGUACAGGUCAAUGAUAGGAAGUCUAUUAUAUUUAACUGCAUCUCGACCAGAUUUAAUGUUUGCAGUAUGUCUAGUCUCUCGCUUUCAAUGUGCACCUAAACAAUCUCAUUUGAAUGCUGUAAAACGAAUCUUUAGAUAUGUUCAAGGCACACUAGAUUAUGGUCUUUGGUAUCCCCGUAAUAAUGACUUCACUCUUGUUGGCUUCACUGAUUCUGAUUGGGCCGGUUGUCUAGAUGAUCGUAAAAGCACCAGUGGAGCUGCCUUCUUUCUUGGUGAUUGUCUUGUUGCUUGGCACAGUAAAAAGCAAGAUUGUGUCACUCUGUCCACCACAGAGUCAGAAUAUAUAGCAGCCACUGCAUUAUUCAGUGCAACAGUGGAUUCAGUUCAGUGCAACAUUGUGGUAUUCAGUGCAACAGUGAGUGACAUUGGUAUUCAUAGCAACAGUGGUAUUCAGUGCAACAUGCAACAUUGGUAUUCAGUUUCAUAUUGGUAUUCAGUUUCAUAUUGGUAUGGUAUUCAGUUUCAUAUUGGUAUUCAGUGCAACAUUGACUUUACAGACUUGGCAUUGGCAUUGGCAUUAAAGACUUGGCAUUGGCAUUUCAUUAACAUUGGCAUUUUUGAUAUUACAGUGAUAUUACAGUGA